CCUGUGCAAGGCCCUCGCAAGGGACUUGCCUGUUGGAAGUGCUCGCAGGCCAGAUGGGGACCGGACCUGAUCCGCCCCAGCUUCUUGGGCCCCGCUCAACAAAGCAUGGCUUACCCACCUGCGCAUAGUAUUUGCUAAUAUAUCAAUACAACAACAAACCUUCACUUGAUUAGUGCUCGCUGCAGCUUCCAGAAACCUAGUCUUCCCCAGUUCCGUCUUCGCACACCCGCCAAAAUGAACAUGAACUCUCAAGACUGGGACACCGUUGUGCUUCGCAAGAAGCAGCCUACUGGCGCAGCGCUGAAGGACGAAGCCGCUGUCAAUGCGGCACGGCGGCAAGGUGCAGCUGUGGAGACGUCGCAGAAAUUUAACGCUGGAAAGAACAAGCCUGGUGCGGCUCAGACUGUGAGCGGCAAGCCUGCAGCCAAGCUGGAGCAGGAGACGGAGGACUUCCAUCACGAGCGCGUGUCUUCGAACCUCAAGCAGCAGAUUGUGCAGGCGCGCACGGCGAAGAAGAUGACCCAGGCGCAGCUAGCGCAGGCUAUCAACGAGAAGCCGCAGGUGAUCCAGGAGUACGAGCAGGGCAAGGCCAUCCCCAACCCCCAGGUGCUCUCGAAGCUGUCCCGUGCGCUCGGCGUGGUGCUGAAGAAGUAAGGAGACAGGCGCUGCUUGGCUUUUGUUUGCGGAGGAGCUAUAGGGUGACGCAGGGCCAGGGCCAGGACCCCGCCCCGUGUGUCAGCGGCAGCACACGCGGACCGAUUAGUGCUGCGGCGCAGCGGUCUUGCCCACGGCGGGGCGGCGUGUGACCGGGCGGGUCGUGAGUGCGGAAGUGCGAGUGCGGAGUCAGCUGGCGCUCAGCUGGAGCGCCGGGGUCGGUAAUUGUGUGCGGCUGCCCGCACAAGUGAGGCUACAAUGCCCAAGUGCUUUUGCUGCUGGGACCACUACAUAGGAGUUGCGCCAGGCGCUGUUUUGUUAGGAACGAGUGCCGCGUUGGUGACGGAGGCGAGCCGCAGGCUGCUGGCUGCGGCAUGGCAAGGUGGUUAGUGGGCGGAGCGGUCUGCCGCGUGUGACUAGGGCCGGGGAGCUAUGGAACGAGGCCUUGGUGUGGGCCAAUUGCGGGACUAACGCGGUGGGCGCAGCCUGUACAAGGCACACAGAAUGUCGAGAUGAGCUACGGAGCAUCAUGCAUAUGAUGAGUUCACAGUAGUUCACUCAGCUGCCGUACCGAUGCAUGUGUUUUACCGCAUUUGGUGGCGUGGCUAGCGGGCACAGCGAACUGCACGGGACUGCACAGGCAGGUAGGUGACAUGAUGGCACGGCUAGUUGGAACGGAGGCGGUGGGUGGAGGCGUGCGCGACAUUGUUUCGUGGUCUAGUGCUCAAGUGCACUGCCUGUAAGCCGCUGGUGUC